UCAAAUGGCCCAAACAAUCUAGCCAGACCAAACUGAAAGUCGGGCGCAGCAUUUUCGAGUUCACUAGAGAAACGCGUAUCAGCGUCGCGAGGUAGCGGCGGCGAACAAUUUCCGAUCACUUCGUGUCGGCGAUAACCACCACUCUCAUCACAUCAUAGUUCCACAAUAUCACACUAAAUCAAGCUUCAAUAUCAAUCACCGUAACGUGUUUGGCAUUUUGUUUAAUCUUCUCAAAUGAGAGGAACCAUUGGAGUAAGGCUUCAAAAUUCCACCAUUUCCAAUGCCACAAGACAAACCUUAGUUCCAUUUUCCACUUCUUCAGGUUUCGGUGGUGGUGGUGGUGAUGGCCGUGGCGGUGGCCGCGGUCGUGGCGGUUCUGGCACAGUGACAUUCAACUUCGGUGAAAAAGCUGCUCCCGGUAACCCUAACCCUACCCCUAAUGUCAAUGAAUCUAAACCUGAUGCAACAGAUUCACCGAUUCCACCUGGUGCUGGUCGUGGUCAUGGCCGUGGUGGAACAGUUCCAGACUUUCCGUCUUUUUCGUUUUCAUCGUUUAUGUCUUCUAUUCAACAACCUGGUACUGGUCGUGGACGCGGUCGUGGUCGAGGUUUUGAUCCAUUGCCACCUCAAUUUGAAAAUGAUUCUGUACCUAAAAAACCUGUUUUUAUCAAAAGAGAGGAUAAUGUUUCUCAGACAGAUGCAAAUGAUUUUUCGCCUCCGAAGAAUCCGGUUUUUACUAGAAGUGAGGAUGUUAGACCAGUAGAGCCAAUAGAUUUAUCUGGUGAUAGUGAGAGUGAUAAUAGAUUUGUAAUGACUGUGCCAAAGGUGUUGCCUGGAGGUGGGAGGGGGAGGGGGAAGCCGUUGGAAGAAGCAGCUCAAGAAGCUCCUCAAGCUCCGGUAGUGAAUAGGCAUAUCCGCGUUCGGCAAACUCCGGCUGAUGCUGAAUCUGAUAAUGUUCCUAGGAGGCAGCCGAUGAACAGAUUUGUGAGAGAUGAUGGUGAUGGAAGUGGAAGAGGAAGAGGAAGAGGAAGAGGAAGAGAUGUGUAUGCUCGUGGCCGAGGAGAUAGAGGUCGUGGUGGUAGAGGUGGAAGAGGUGAUGGAAGGGGAGGGUUUAAAAGGUAUGGAGAUGAUAGAACGAGUCAUCAGGAUAUAGCACGUUCUAAUGCUGAUGGGCUAUAUGUUGGAGAUAAUGCAGAUGGUGAAAAAUUAGCUAAGAAGCUUGGGCCUGAGAUAAUGGAUCAGAUUACUGAAGCAUAUGAGGAGAUUAUUGAGAGAGUUUUACCCUCACCGUUGCAAGAUGAAUAUGUGGAAGCAAUGGACAUUAAUUGUGCUAUUGAAUUUGAGCCAGAAUAUGCGGUGGAGUUUGAUAAUCCAGAUAUUGAUGAGAAAGAACCAAUUGCACUUCGGGAUGCACUAGAGAAAAUGAAACCAUUUUUGAUGACAUAUGAGGGGAUUCGAAGUCAAGAAGAGUGGGAGGAAGUAAUUGAAGAGUUAAUGCAACGGGUUCCAUUAUUGAAAAAGAUCGUUGAUCACUACAGUGGACCGGAUAGGGUAACUGCAAAGAAGCAACAAGAAGAAUUAGAGAGAGUUGCUAAAACUCUUCCUACAAGUGCACCAUCUUCCGUGAAGGAGUUCACUAACCGUGCUGUUGUCUCUCUUCAGAGCAAUCCAGGCUGGGGAUUUGACAAGAAAUGCCAAUUCAUGGAUAAGCUAGUUUUUGAAGUGUCUCAGCAUCACAAAUAACCUAAUAGUUUAAAGAUGGUGGGUUUCAUGGUAUACAAUGCCCAUUGUAUUGUGGACAAGUCAUCAUGCUUGCUUUCAUUUCUUUCUUUAAUUUUACUUUUUGAUUAAAGAAACUGUGAUAACUCUUGUAAUAAGAUGAAUGAUAGCUACUUUGUUGCAUCGGUCCUCACAAUUUUUUGCAUCGUGCUCGCAAUUGUUGCAUCAGUUGUAUACUUUGUAAUAAUUUUCCAUCUUAUUUUAGAUUUUUGGCUAUA